AUGAUAGUUGUGCCGCCGUCCAACAUUGCGUGGCACCUCGAGCAACUGAUGGUGAGUGGGCAAUGGUCGAACGUGACGUUCAUGGUUGAGGAGAGCAAGAUUCACGCACACUGGCUCAUCAUUGCCAUGCGGUCACCAGUUCUGUUCGAAACGGUAGCGGUGGAGACGUCCAAUUGGGUCAUACGGAUCGACGAUAUGAAGGCCGCUGUCCUCAGGGCAGUGCUCCACUUUGUCUAUACCGACGAGCUGCUUCCUGUGGAUGAUGCGGUAGCAGCCGAAGAAGGUCUUGCGGCGGCAUGCCGGUUUCGCCUGGAGAGGAUGAGGGCCAUGUGCGAGAACUUGCUCGCCCAUCUCAUUACGAAAGACAAUGUCUUAAGCAUGCUGGAGCUGGCAUGGCGUCACCAAUGCGAGGACCUCAAGCUUUACUGCAUCGAGUUCACCUCGCUUGCAAUGAAGUGA